AAGGCGGCAGGAAGGCGGGAUGCACGAUUCCGAGAAAGUCGGGAUUGCCUAGAACGGAGGAAGCCGCCCUUGUCUUUGAUGCCGCGAACGACGCUCUCCAGCAACAUAUAGAGCGUGUUGUUUGCAAGCCUCUUCAGCAUUCCUUGCUCAUCUACGAACAUACUUCACUGGUCCCGACAUCCACGACUAUUGCGAAGAAUGACUUCUUUGUAUACCGAAGCCUGGCUUGCCGGUUCCGACGGACACCAAUUCUACACACGCACAUAUGCUGCACCUGCACCUGGCCCGAAAGCCGUCAUACUUUUCGUGCAUGGCUUUGCGGAGCAUGUCAGACGUUACGAGCAUGUGCACAUAGAUUAUCCCAAGCGAGGGAUCACUUUGUUCUCGUUUGACCAGAGAGGAUUCGGGCGAACCGCAUUGGAUAAGGAGCACAAGAGUAAGGAUGCAGCUUACGGGAAGACCAGUUGGAAGUGGCAGUUAGGCGAUAUUGAAUGGUGGGUGAAGUACUUGACUAAGGAGUACCCAGACAAGCCGUUGUUCCUGAUGGGUCACUCGAUGGGUGGAGGACUGUCUCUUGCGUUCCCGACGCGCACGGAACCUCCUCCUUCUCAGAACACAGUCAAGUUGCUUCGCGGCGUGAUCGCUUCAAGCCCCCUUAUCCGUCAGACUACUCCUGCACCGAAGGUCAUGCGCUGGGCAGGAGGGAAGCUAGCGAACCUUUUCCCAUUCAAGACCUUCCCUGCUGACGUUCCAGCCGAUUAUCUCUCACGGAAUGAAGCCGCGAACGAAGCCAACUUGAAGGACCCUCUGAUUAAGCGAAUUGGCACCCUGAGAGGGUUGGAUGAUAUGUUAAGCGGUGGUGAGCACUUAGUUGAGGACGACUACCAACGUUGGCCCAAGGAUUUGCCGGUCCUGUUCGUGCAGGGGACGGGUGACAAGGUAACCUCGUACAAAGCGACGGAAGAGUUCUACAACAAGAUACCCGUUCAAGACAAGAAGAUAUCCUUAUACCCUGAUGCAUACCACGAACUCGUGCAUGAAAUUGAUGGAAUACCCGCCAAGUUGUUUGAGGAAUGUGUUUCAUGGAUCGAAACUCAUUUAUCCUCAUCUGAAGGGGCUGAAUCUGACGAAGCGGUAUCCGGACCCGCUUCCAAGUUGUAGAAUGUACAACAUUUGUACUCUUUGCUUCAUAUAAGACUGGAUUGAGAUAUGGAUAUGUAUUGCAGUUUGGAAAUGGGAAAAACACAAAUUCAUUCAAAAGGUGCUACCAGGGUUCGAACCUGGGUUCCGGGAACACGUGCAUAAAUCAAAAUCCCGAGU